AUGACCGUGAUUGAUGAACUGCAAGUAGCACGUAAUUCACCUCCAACCAGUGUUGGUGAACUGCAAGUAGCACGUAAUUCACCUUCAACCAGUGUUGUUGAACUGGAAGUAGCGCGUGAUUCACCUUCAACUAGUGUUGUUGAACUGGAAGUAGCGCGUGAUUCACCUCCAACCAGUAUUGGUAAACUGGAAGUAGCACGUGAUUCACCUCCAACCAGCAUUGGUGAACUGCAAGUAGCACGAGAUUCACCUCCAACCAGCAUUGGUGAACUUGUUGGUGAACUGCAAGUAGCUCGUGAUCUACCUCCAACCAGUGUUGGUGAAUUGGAAGUAGCACCUAAUUCACCUCCAACCAGUAUUGGUGAACUGGAAAUAGCACGUGAUUCACCUCCAACCAGUAUUGGUGAACUGGAAGUAGCACAUGAUUCACCUCCAACCAGUAUUGGUGAACUGGAAGUAGCACGUGAUUUACCUCCAACCAAUGUUGGUGAAUUGGAAGUAGCAGCUAAUUCACCUCCUACCAGUACUGGUGAACUGGAAGUAGCUCUGAUGAAGUAG